GGAUAUGUUUUUCUUCUUUUUCUUAUCUAUAAAUAGUUAUUGAUGAACAGAGAAUAGAUAUAUAAAACACUUAGUCAGUAACAAAGGCUUAUAUUCCAGUUUUAAAAAAAAAUGGAAGUAAUCAACAGAUAUGUCACAACAAAGAGUCACAUAAAUGGGACUCCAAAAGAGUCAGAUUUUGAGAUUAAGUCUUCAACUCUUGUUGUAUCAGCAGAGCCUGGUUCAAACGAUGUCGUUUUGAAGAAUCUGUAUGUGUCUAUUGACCCAUACCAGAUAAACCGCUUCAAGAGUUACAGUUCCUCUCAGGAGAGCAUAAGUGAUGCAAUGGCCAUAGCUCCCGGUGAGGUUAUUAGUGCUCAUGGGGUGGCCAAAGUUGUGGCUUCUGAGAAUGCUGAGUUUGAAAAGGAUGACUUGGUUGUGGGAAUGGUUUGUUGGGGAGAGUAUACUGUGAUAAAAGGAGAUCAAUACAUGUUGAGGAAACUUGACCCCAUGGCUAUGGGGUUUCCAUUGUCAUAUCAUAUUGGAGCUUUUGGGACAAGUGGAUUGACAGCUUAUAGUGGGCUAUUUGAAGUGGGCAAGCUUAGCAAGGGUGAGAAAGUGUUUGUCUCAGCAGCUGCUGGGUCAGUAGGCCACCUUGCUGGCCAAUAUGCUAAACAAUUGGGCUGUUAUGUUGUUGGUUGUGCUGGAAGUAAGGAAAAGGUAGCAUUGCUAAAGGAGAAACUUGAUUUUGAUGAAGCAUUCAACUACAAGGAUGAGCCUAACUUAAAAUCAACCAUAAAAGAGUACUUUCCGGAUGGAAUAGACAUUUACUUUGACAAUGUGGGAGGUGAGAUGCUAGAAGCAUCAAUUGCUAACAUGAAAAACUUUGGUCGAGUCGUGGCUUGUGGGGCCAUAUCCGAGUACACAAACACAAAUAAGCCAGCUGCAUUGAACAUGGUCGAAAUUAUAUACAAGAGAAUCAUGAUUCGAGGAUUUUUGGUGACUGACUUUUUCAAUAUCUAUCCAGAUUUUCUUUCAUUCACUGUGAAUCACCUUCGUAAGGAUAGUCUUAAGACACUCGAAGACAUCUCAGUUGGUUUGGAGAGCAUUCCAAAUGCUUUUCUUGGACUCUUUCAUGGUGCCAACAUUGGUAAGAAGAUUGUCAAACUAGCAGAUGAUUGAAUUAAUUGAUCAAUUAAAAUGGAAGAGGAGACACUAUAUAUUGGUUCAAAUGAACUUAUUUGUAUAAUGAGUUUCAUGAUUCCUAGAAACAAUUAAAUAUAAAUUGAUGAAUUCUUACCUAUGAGUGGUCAUUAUUAUGCCAUUUGUAGUCCUUACCUUCGAAACAUUCACUUAAAGUAUUUGGGCUUCUUAUUUAUGAUA